AUGGCGCCGGGAGAAGUUCACGCACAGGUCCUCCCUGAACUCAAUCCUCCAGGCUGGCCGUACGUCAACGAUGGCUUGAGUGCGGAACAGAAGGCAGCUUGGUCACAGGAGGUGUCGUCCUGGAUGGAAACUGAGAUAAAAGCCCAGAAUCCCGACGGUACACCGUUGACUGGCGGCUCGGGGGUGCUCCGAACUCCCCUCCCGCAGUUCUUUAACGGCACAGUUACCGCCUUUAACACGGCACAGCCUCCUCAGGCCAUCACUUGGAUUGGGUUCCCCGGACUUAUCGCGAAAGAAGACCCCAACGACCGGUGGCCAACCGUCGAAGGCCACCGGGAUGUCAUGGACGAGUAUUUGGAGUGGAGCACGAAUGUCGACUCCGAGGACAGGAUCCAAUACAUUGUCUUUACCUGUGAAGGAUUUGAGUACUUCAGCUUCUUGGGCAGCAAUGCGCCAGACACAUUGCUUGGCCUCUACAAGAAGGCCAAUCCUGAUUUCGCCGAUCAGAUCAAGAAGGAGGACCUGUUUAAAAAGGAUGGCCAAUAUGACCCGUACAACAAGUGGAAUGGAGUAAUCUGCAAGACCCCUGGACAUCCGGAGGAUGGCUUAACGACUGUCAACCCCGGCUGUAUUAUGCACCUCGCCCAAGUGAACAACACUCUGGGCGCCGAGAUUGACAUCGCCGCACAAGCCACCGUCCUUCGCCAGAACUCGAGCGGCGAGCUCAUCACGGAGCAGACCACGCUUUGCAACUGCUCCAAGUAUGGGAACCCAAAGCGGAACUCGGAUCCCACGAUUGGCAUCGGCGUCAACUCUCUUGCCCAGCAAGGUAGCUCCAUUUCCAUCGCCGACCCCGUGGCGAUCUACAUGCGAGACUUCAACACGGCCAACUUCCAGCUUGACGUCGAUGGAACCGGUCAGGAUCUGCAGCCCAUCCCGGACGGCACCUUCACCUGGGUGCGCGGCAACAUCGACGCGCAGAUGGGUCUCCGCCUCAGGAUCCAGAUCCCGAAAGGCACCAUGGGGACAGGCGACAAUGCCGGCCGGGAGCUCACGGUCAGCGACAUUUUUGACACCAGCACCAACAUGUACAUUCAGUACGGCGGCCAGUUUGCUGACUACAUCACCAUGGGCGUCAGCGCCGUGACUAUUAUGGGCGACCACCCUGCCCCGGCGCAGUUCUGCCCAAAGGUGCCACCUCCCUCGGACGGCGACCACCACAGGAUUGCUGCGGCGUCCCUUGCUGUGAAUCUUGGCCCCAGGAAGAUCUCGCAGGGUCUUCAUACUGUUCGGGGGUUGUAA